AUGCCCGUAUUGGAGACCCCGUCGCGGGUCUGGAGGAGGAUACAGGCUGCAGAUGAUCUCGCUGUUCCUUCUUUGCCGUCCUUGCCCGCCAUUGACAUUGACGACGACGACGAUGUUGACGAUGACCCGCUGCCGUCGAAGCGGGCCCAGUCAACGCCCAGCGCGUCCAUCUCCGUCAAGAAAUCGACAACAGUUCGCUUUGCAGAGAAACACGAGAGCUUUGAGUUUAGCAACAUCCAGCCCAUCCAUCCAGAUUCACUUCUUUCUGACGAGGACAGCAACAAGCUUCCACCGGAAUACUCUGUGGAUAUAUCAGCACAAUUUACUCCCGUACGACAGCCGCUCAACAAGAACAUUGCUCUCCGAACAGUCCGCACACCUUCGUUGACACGCUCCGCAAGUCCUGUAUCCACAUCACCAAACAAUACGCCCUCCAGUGAUGCCCAUGUCAGCCUCCCAAACGCGUCCAGGCGAUCCUCAGCUGGAGCCCAACAACAAUUUGACCUUUCGCGCUCAAGUCACAGUCGCUCUCUAUCUCAAUCCGCUUCUUCAUCACAAACAAAGCAUAGUUCGAUAGGAGAAAAGUCGCUCUCUCAGACGAGCAAACACGACCCGCCUGUGAAUGAUACCACCGUCUCGCAUAUGCCAGAUCUCAAUGCGACGCCUCAAGCAAAGAAACGGUCAUUCCUGCUUGACGUGAUUCAUUCGACCGCCAAACCUCGCCCCAGGCUCAGCCUACAUGCUCCCAUCCAAGCAACUCCUCGAGCGGAGAUUCCAAUCGCACCAGUGGCAAUCUUUGCGACACCCAAGGCAGCGACUGUCAAUGACUCUUUCAUCUCUACUGCCUCAUCUCACGAUCUCACCGUCCAACAACCUCGUAUCAAUGCAUCCUUUGAUCACCUUACGGGCGCAAAGGGUGUCGGACGUUUCAACGCCACAAAACUCAACACCUAUCUUCAUGGGCUUAACAGAAGACUCGUUGAAGAGAAUGAAGAGCUCACCAAUCGUCUGACACAGCUCCAGGCGGGCCAUCCGACCAUCACUGAAGUCGACGAGAGCACGAGAGCGUUGGAAAUUGCCGCUCUAGAGUCCAUGGUCAAGGACUUGGAAUCUCAGCUAGAAAGAGAAAAGCAGGAAAAGGAGACGGAGAGGCUCAAAUUCAAGGAACGUGUCAAAGAGGUGGAAAGUGGCGUAAACGACGUCGUAGAGCAGUUGGAAAGGCAGUUAGAGGUGAUGGCAGAGUCGAAAGAGCAAGCACUCUCCAAAGCGCGACGUGCUCAGGAGCUUCGUGAGGAUGCCGAGGAACGAGCUCAUCGAGCAGAGCUUGCGCUAGCAAAAGGGGGGAAAGCUACGCCUACUUCUCGAACACCGAUAACAAGUCCGACUGGGUCAGGGACUGCUACUGCCGUUCAUGAAGAGUUCAAAGAAGCUAUUGAACGCGUCGCCGAGCUGGAAGAAGAGCUUCGACUUUCGACCAAUCGUUCUCUUCAUUUGGAGGAAGAAUUGAGAGCUGCUGAAGAGCUUAUCGAGGAGCUCAAGGUAGAAAAGCAGACGAGCGACAAGAAAAUGGUUGCACUCCGGCGACAACUGGAAGACGUGGAGACGGAUGCGGCUACUUUGCAGGAGAGACUUCAAGCGACGGAGACUGAGCUGGAAGAGGCCAAAGAGGCGUCCAAUGCAUUGUUGGCCGAGCUAGAGGAUGCACAAGAAGAGCUCGCUGCCAGUCAAGACGAGGCGAACAGCGCCAAGGUCGACGUCGAGCUUCUGCAAGAGCGCAUCAACGUUUUGGAAUCUCGCGCGGAACGAGUCGAUAAAGAGCAACGCCAGCUUGAAGAGGCUCUCGAAGCCAGCGAGAAAAAGAUGCUCGAGGGCCAAGAGGAGAUUGCGUCACUUCGACAAGAGCUCGAGCGUGUUCGGCUCAUUACGUCCAGCUCUGCACGGGCGUCAACCAAUACAGCCGUCUCAGCGCACCCAUUCUCCUCUGCACUCUCCGAUUCUCCUGUACUCGAAGAUAUCGAGGGUCUCGAAAAGGAGUUGGACGAUGCCCAUCGCGAGAUUGGCCGAUUGCAACAUUUAUUACGCGAUUCCCCUGCCAGAGCUGCUCUUGCACAGGCAAAAGAGGCAAAGAUCGAAGCUCUUGAAGGAGAGAAUGCGGACCUGCAAGAACAAGUUAGGACUCUGCGCGUGCUAUUGUCUAAGGGCCCCCUUGAAGGGGCGGAAAAGUCGCUACGGGCAACGAGGGAGGAUGGCGCUUCUCCAUCCGUCAGGAAUCUUCCAUCGAUUCGAAACCCGAGAACACCUGGUGGACCACUGAGAGACGAUAAGCUCUCCUGGCUUCAAUCUGUGCACCAUGGAGACGAAUCGCCAUAUCUUCACCAGAUUUCCUUGCUUGAACGAGAGUUGGCUCAUGCUAAUGAGUGUGUUGACGACAAGAUUGACAAGCUCGAGGAGUAUGGACGCGGUGUCACCAAUCUCACCGAGAAGCUGCACGACGCGGAAAAUCGUAUUGCUUUCCUCCAAGCAGAAGUGCAGCGCUUAGAACGACGAGAAGAGCGGCGAAGCCGACAAGCUUCCCGAGGUAUUGCUUGCAAUGGUUGUGGUGGAACAGUGGAGCUGAACAGUGUCUUGAGCUUCGGCGACCAAAGUCUGUGCGAUGCGUCGCGUGGAAAGGACGCAGUCACGGACGAAAGCAUGAAGAAGAUUCUUAAGCAGUUGGAGAAGAUGAAGCAGGAUUGGAUUCAAGAGAAGAUAAGGCUCCAGGGAGAGCGCGACUAUCUCCAAGGCGCAGCAGAUCGCUUGGGUAGGCAAGCAGCCCGAAAGAAGGAGAGCGGCAACCCGAAUGGCACAUCCGACGUGGAACAGGUCAAGCAGCAUGUAGCUGAUUUGGAGUCACAACUCCAGGCAGAGCGAACUCGGCUGCGCGAACUUGCUACAGAACGGAGUAGGAUGCUUCAGGACAAGAAUGACGUCGCUGCUCAACUGCAACGCACCCAGGCGGAUCUUGAUGCCGUUAGAGAUCAAUUGCGUAGCUGCAAGCAAGAAAACUAUGCACUUGAAGCCGACCUUCGAGCAAAUACACUUGCGGAGUCUAAAUCCCGUCAUCUCCAAAACAAAGUCACCCAGAACCUGGCUUUGAUCGAACAGCUCCGACAAGAACGCGAUCAGCUCGCCGAGUCUCAUUCCAAACUUCAGCACCGUCAUCAGUCGGCUGCAGAAAAUGUUGAUCGGCUGCGAAAAGAUCUCAUGGUCAUUCAAUCGAAUCAUGAGGAGCGAAGACAUCAACUCGACAUGCAGAUUGCAGAAAUUGAUGAUCUUCGCCGCGAGAUGGCACUAAAGGACGAAGAACUUAGCUACGAGCGUAGGAGAAACGCGGGUAUAGCGGAUCUUCAUUCAACCGUGGGCGAGUUGGAGCAAGAGCUUGCACAAAUGAGACAGGAAGCCGAGCGCUUUGCUCAAGACCUGGAGACCCUUCGCAGUUCUAAUAAUGUCGGCAAUAUGGACAAAGGCGAGGUCGCCAAAUCGGAGCGCGCUCAGAUGCAGCUCCGAGCUCAAGUGCGUGUUCUUGAGGAGCAAUUAGAUGAGCAAAAGGCGCGAGUGAGACAGCUGCUCGAUGAGGCUGAAGAGCACGUUUGCAGUUCAAGGGACGACUCUGCUCUUUCCCUGAUCAAAGCGCGCCACAACCAGGAGUGCAAAGGGCUACUCCUGCAGAUUACCUAUCUCAAGAGCAAAUACACCAGGGAGAAUACUCUUCGGCAACACCUCGCCCAUCAGAAGGAGUAUCUUCUCACGCUGCUUUCGAAGCUGCAACAAGAUGAUCUUCCUAUACUCAAGUCAUUGGCCCACACACAACGUUCUCCAAAGGGUGCGCCGGUCAAACGACUGAGAAGUAUUGUGCACACCGUCAUGUUCUUGAACCGUGCCAAAAAGGCGGCGGAGCGUUGGGCUGAUCAGAGUGCUGCAAAGGAUCAACUUGCAGUCGCGUUAGACGAUGUUCGAAAGCGUCGGUUACUGGCUGGGCGAAAGAGCGCCCCAGGCAUAUUCAAUUGA